AUGUUCUACUACCCCAAUGUUUUGCAACGCCACACUGGCUGUUUUGCUACUAUAUGGCUGGCAGCGACCGGUGCCACCAGACUGCUCAAGAGGGAAUACUUGAAAGUCAACAUCCCGCAAACAUGCGAGGAGAUCAUCGCCUUCAUACUCGUACAGGUCCCGCCCAUCAUUCCUGGUUCUCCGCGGCCCCGGUUCUCGCUCUACCUCUCUGCCCAGCUGCAAUACGGGGUCGUCCGCGUGUACAACCGCCAGUGCCAAUACCUGGCUGAGGAGAUCCAGCAGAUCUUGGAGCGGCUCAACCGGGUGCAGCAGCAGAUCCGCAUUGACCUGACGGACCUGGAGCAGCCAAUGCUUCUCCCUGACCAGCUGACCCUGAUGGAAACCCUAGAGGAAGCCCCUGAUCCCUUCUUUGGAGUGAUGGUCCCUGCGCUGCCCAGCCCUGCCUACAUUCCACAUGUCAGAGGCAUCUUGGAAGCCCCGACCCCCGAGAAAAGCCCACCGGAACGAUCUCCACAACCACCGACUCCGCACAGGAGGUUGCACAUCGCCAUCUCACCUGACGACAUUACCCUCAAAGAAGCUGAGCCUAUCACCCUGCUGCAGAUUGAGGGCGAGCAGGAUCUGCCCGAGAUCACAGUCCGGGAGAUCGAUAUGCUGGUCGAACAGGAGAGGUUCGUGGUGCACGGCGACGAGAGACCCCCGCCGCGGCCCACCGUCUCUCCCAGGAAAAGGCGCGCUGAAGAAGAGUCCAUGGAAAAGGUCAGGAAGCGAGAGCCGUCAGUGUUUUUGGGACUGUCGCCUCCCGCUAGAACGGAGGAGGAGCCAUUGGCUGCCAGGGAGACGGGGGUUCUGUCGGAAGAGGAGACCCGGCCUUUGAUGGAAGCCCCUCUGGUGCCUUUGGAGAUUACGCCCCCAAAGCCCGGGCUGGUGCCUUCUCCCCGUUCGCCGCUUGUCUCACCGAAACGGCAGCCCCCUCUGAGCCCUGAGCUCCGCCUGCCUGCCUACGAGCCGUCCCCAGCCCGCCCCUCCAGGCGACGGAGGCAGUUGCGCUUUGUGGAUGAGGUAACCCAGAUAUCCCGGGAGGACUUUCAGAAGCAGAUCUUGGACUCGCGGACCCAGUGUCAGCCCCUGGAGGCGGUGCUGUUGCCGGCUAAGAGGCUGAGGACCCCAGCCGAGCUCUUGGGCGCUCCAACGCACGGAUGGAUGCAUCCCACCCUCCGUGGCCUCUGGACCCACUGUGCCAACCUCCAGCAUGUGGAUUACGCCAGGCGGAGAGCAAGGGAGGAAGAGGAGCAGAGAAGGGAGGAAGAGGAGCAGCGGCCCACAGAGGUUCCCAGCGAAGUUGAGGUUCUGCGAGAAGCCGAAGAACCGAGCGUGCGCACACUUGCGGGCUCCUCAGAAAUCUCCCUGGAGUCCUCCGAGGAAGAGCUGCGCUCUAGUCUGGUGGCCGCUGAGGAGAGGAUCCUCGUGGAGCCAGAGGAAGUGAUGCUCCCCGUGGUGCCCGAACUCCCUGAAAUAAGCUUCGAGCUGCCGCUGGAUAAGGACAUGCUCACCCUCACGGACGUGCGCAGGCUGGUGGCUGCUAAACUGCAGCAGUUUGGCGAGACGGAGUUCGAACAGCUGGUGCCUUCCACCACUUCCAGGGCUGUCGCCAGCCGGUUCUUCUACAUGUGCCUGGUUCUCGCAGGAAGCCACUACUUCCGCCUGGAGCAAGCGGAGCCCUUCGGCCGGAUCCUGAUCAAGCCUGGCACCCGCUUCCACCCCAGCUAG